AUGAAACGCCGUUCUUGUUUGUCGAACCCCCAGGUACAGUUCGCCUUCAAGGUGGCCCUAAUCCAUCUUCUUGCCCUGUUUGCCACGUCCGCAUAUGUGUCCUGCGGACCUGUACACCCUGAAGGCGUGGAGAACAACACUCCACCUCAAUGUCCAGCCCCCCCUUCGUCCCCCAGCCAUUCUUGCGCUGUGACCACUCCAAAUGAGGGAAUAAAUUCGGCACACGAGCAAGUCUGGAACGCCGCGGAUGUGGUCCGUGCAGCAGCGGAAGCAAUGCAGGCCCAAGCAACACAAGCUUCACCUGAACAACAGGAAAAUAGCCAGGAUUCAACCCCUGCAGCAGCAGGACUUUCCGAGGGUGCCGCUGUGCAAACAUCCGCAGGUCAGGAUGCCGUAGUGGAAGCAGAAGAGAGAAGGAAUGGCUAUACUCUGAUUAGGGGCACGACUUCCGAGUCAGAGACGAACCUGACCCCAGUAGAACUCCCCGACAUAUAUGACGGGCAUUCCACUGCGCCGUUGGUGUCUUUAUCUCAAGCGGAAGCUCAACAGUUGUCCUCAUGCGAAAAUAACAUGAUCGAGGCUAUACCAAGAGGUCAGGAAGCGGACCCUCGCAGUUCCUCAAGACCCACUCAUUACGAUGCCCAGUCUCAAUACAAUCAACAUCGGGGAAGGAUAAAUCACAUAGGAGGCCGCGGGGGACGUGGCGCCCGUAUCUACGACAGCAGGCCGUCACUAGACGAGGCUGCUGUCCCCAUCAAGCCUCACUCCUACAACAACCACCCUGACGCCAGCACACAACAAAGAACCUGGGGACCCAGACGUGUGGGAGGAGCAUACAUCGUCGAUAGACAAGUACCUUUGCAUCCUCAGCAAUUGCAUCCUCAGGAAUUCUCCGGGCAGUACACACAGCAACAGCCACAACUACAACUCCAACAAGAAAAGCAGCCAGCAUGGUGGCCUAUGCAGCAACAGCCUCAUUUACAACCACAACACCAGCAGCAACACCAGGCACAAGAGCAACCUCACGAGCAACAGCAACACCAGUCGCAACAGCAGCCUCAGCAAGAACAGUCGCAACUGCAGCUACAACAAGCACUACAGCUACAGCAGCAGUCAUACCUGCAGUCACAUAUCAAGCCUCACUAUAUUUCCCACCAGCUGUGGCAACAAUAUCUACAACACUAUGGUCGUUGCGGCGGCAUACCCCGUCAAGAACUUCCCCAGUUCCUGAUCCACGGUCACCGCACGUACAUUGCAAACAAUCGAGGAGUUUGGAGCAAAAUUAUUGCCUCCGGCUAUUACCAGCAGUCCCAUCUACCAAAUGGAUACUUCAUGCCUAAUACACCGGGAUAUAUGUUUCCCCCGCCACCCCCUCCACCACAGCGCGACUCCGCUCGAAAUUCUGGACCCACGGAUGUUCCAGACGGGGAGUCCCGCCCUUUGUCUCCAGACGAGAUACAGUUGGUGAUAGAACAGCCAAUGCUAACAAACCAGCAGCAUCGACCGCAGCAGCAAGAACAGCAGCAAGCACAACCAAACCAGCAACCUGAGGAGACAAAGGAAGCUGGCGUCAACCAGCAGAGCCAGCAGACAGAGCAAACAGAGGAACAGAAUAAUCAGCAGCAAAACUACAAUGGCAGAACACAUGGAGAGCAGCAUCAUGAACAACGAUAUAGGCAGGGAUGGCAGCCGCAGCGUGGUGGACAUCAAUCCUACGCGCAACAGCGCGCAAACCUGCAGCGGCAGCAACAAUAUUUGCUGGCGCAGUCUAGGUACUUGGAGGAGCAGCACUUUCAGCUGGAAGAGCAGUGGCAGGCUUACCGUGAGAGGCAAUCCUCGAGGGCGCAGAAAGAAAGGCAAGAGAAAGGCAAAGACAGAGAAGAGAAGAGCCACCCCAAUAAGCCAGGCGCUGGCGAAGAGGCAAUCCGUGAGGAGCUGAUGCAACAGCAGGCACACUUGGAGCAACAGUGGCAACAUCUACGACAGGAACAAGCUUACCUGGAACAGCAGCAAGCCCACCUAGAACGACCAAGCCUGAGGAACAUGGGCCUCCCGUACAAUCACAGACGCUGGCAGCGACCACGCGUUUCCGAUGGGGAGCAAAGAGAUUUGCAGCAGCAGCAGCAAUACCUGGAGCAGCAACUCAGAUUCUUACAAGAGCAGCAAGAGUAUCUCAACCACCAACAAGGGAAGUGGCAGCAUCCCAGGUUCGUGCAGGAACGCAUUGUAUACCUUGAGCAGCAACAUCGGUACCUCGGAAAGCUGCAGCGGCGGCAGCAACUUCACUCUAGCAUCAUUAGCAGCGGUGGAAACCCGAACGACGUCAACGGUAACCACAGGCACGUUGUUCCCGCUUGGGUUCCUGAUCCCACGCCGAUGGGAUUCUACGACAGCACUGGGUUGUGGAUUCCUUACGGAAUGGAGGAUUAUCACAAGCAGCAGUUAGAGCAGGCGCGGGAUAAAAUACAAGAGGAACGAGAGGCGCUGCAGGCCGAGCUCGACAGACGCGAGCAACAAGGAGACCCCAGAUACUUUGCAGGCAAGAACGGCAGACGUCAUGGAGGUUCCCCUUAUCACCCACCAGGAAACAUGCACCACUACCCUCACCGUGACGCACUUCAUAUCACCGGGCAAGGCGGUCGCGCGGCUGACAGACACACCCCACACUUCCCUCAGAUUCCCAGAGGCAUGGGAACCCAGCAUGGUUACCGUGGUGGACCCCAACUCUCUCGAGCCCCGUGCAACGCCAACGGAGUGCCUCUCCAUAUUUUCCGUGAUGACGUCGAAUACGCAAGAGCUGUGUGGCGGCGCAUGUCCGGCAAGUUGAGGCACCAACUCUUCUUAAUGAAGGAACAACGCAAGCGCAAAGAAAGGCAAUUGGCUCAACGUAGGCAACAACCGCACGACGAACAGCAGCAACAGCAGAGUGAAAACUUGCCGGAGAACCAUCAAGAAAAGGAAGAGCUGGAGCCUUCUACACAAAGCCAGGCGCAGGAGACACAUGUAAAUACCAGCGCACUUCGCCCACAGGAAUAUCAUGAUGAGAAUUUAAUGAGACCAGUUAUCAACUUGGAGGAAACGGCAGCUCCCAGCCAAUCCGCCGGCAUCCCCCGUGAAAGUGACAAUGCAACAGGUCUAGAAGGUUUGCCUUUUCUGGACAGUAGUACUUUAAGCUAUCGGACUCCGCGGGAACAACACGGAGGGAGUGCCCCUAGCAAUGCAGAUCCUCGAACAAUAGCGGCUCUAGCAGAAAAUUCACGGGUGCCGGCAGCCUUGGAGGAUCUGUACGAGGCACUGAGGUCUUGCGACCCCCGACUUCAAGCCCCGGAGGAAGAGGCUGCUGCAUGGGCACCGAGAGAGCAGCAUGGCAUCUCUGCAAUGGAAAUGCUUCUCAGAAGAGCCAUGCUACGGUACUUGGGAGAAGGCCGUUGGACCAACUAUGAGGGCUUUGUCACUUCACAGGCGGCAGCCCUGAGGUUGAAUGAGGACGAGAUUCAUUAUAUGCACUUGGGGUUCUACUUGGACAUCUUUAAUCAGCAUGCCACUCAACAUGUCGCUGACAUGUUGAGGGAGCACCGAGGCAGGGCCCGAGGCUUCAAUAACAGGCGUAAUGCAUCCCGCCAAGGUCUCUGCGUUAAUCCAGAGAAUGGCCGGGAAUGCAGUAAUGCUAGGGAGGACCUCCAAGAUCGCCUUCGACUGGUGCAGAUCCUGCAGGAUAGGUACAGGACCCAGAUUGAGCACAGGAUUGAGGAAGCUCGUGCUACGCUUCUGAGACCUCGCCAAGUGUCGCAACCACGCACGCGUGCUCGAGGCUCCGCAUUCAAUGCUGGUCAGAAUCCUUCCAGUCAUCCCCAGAGAAACCAGGGACGCACUGCUCCUCAAAAUUCCACGAACGAGUCUCUAGACUCCACAAGACCUCAAGACGCAUCUUCUCAUCCAGAGCCAAACGCCGCCGAUGCCGCAGGAGUGGAAACAAUUAGGGAGAACAGGGUUAGUGAAGAAGCGCAAGCAGACGACAGCACAACAACGAACUGCCAAAGUGCCAUUUGUAGGAACCACCGAAGGCCCUCUGCAUAG